AUGGAGAACUCCGAUUUAUCUGUUCCUGAAGCGGUAAGAAAGGUUAAAAAGAACCAUAGUGUCUUGAGAGAGACCAAUCCCUUAUUAGAACUUCGUCAGAAGGACAAUCGUCCUUAUCUAACAGUUCAGGUAGGAGGUUCUUCUUCUAUUCACCUUUUACGGAAGAUGAAUCUAGGCCUCCACUACGACGUAUCGGUUAACCUUACAACGGCCGAUGGAAAGCCUCAGAAUACUUUGGGGUAUGUCAACCUUCCCAUAAGUUUGAACGAGGUGACCAAGGUACUCAGGGUACUUGUCGUACCCUCAAUAACUCACGACCUUAUUUUGGGUAUGGAUUUCAUACAUGAUUUUAAUCUGACUCUUGAUUUCAGAGAUUUUUCCUAUGGUUCCUCUUGUUUAUCUUCGGAUAACUCUGUAGCUGUGGUUCGAGCUAUACUCGGAUCUGAUUCAUUGACAGAGCCUCAAAAGUACGAAUUGGACUUCAUUAUAGAUUUAUUUAAACAAAUUGCGCCCUCUGAUAGAUUAGGUAGGACUCAUUUGUAUCGGCAUCAUAUCGAUACAGGAGAUGCCAAGCCAGUUAGACAAAGACAGUAUCCACUUUCUCCAGCAAUGCAGAAAGUUUUGAAUGUGGAAAUUGAUAAGAUGUUGGAGCUCAACAUUAUCAAACCUAUCUCCGGGUGUAGCCCAUGGUUGUCUCCACUUUGGUGUGCAUGA